AUGGGCUCCCCCACCGUCACCGCCAGCUUCUUCCUCUUCCUGGCAUUUCAGCUCCUGGGGCAAAUAGGAGCUAACCCCGCGUAUGGCUCUGUGUCCAACGCAGACCUGAUGGAUUUCAAGAAUUUGCUGGACCACUUGGAGGACAAGAUGCCUUUAGAGGAGGAGGUCGUGCCCCCACAAGUACUAAAUGAGCAGAAUGAGGAAGCUGGGGCGGCUCUCAGCCCCCUCCCUGACGUGCCUCCCUGGACAGGGGAGGUCAACCCAGCCCAGAGAGAUGGGGGUGCCCUUGGGCGGAGCCCCUGGGACUCCUCCGAUAGAUCUGCCCUCCUGAAAAGCAAGCUGAGGGCACUGCUUGCUGCCCCUCGGAGCCUGCGGAGGUCCAGCUGCUUCGGAGGCAGGAUGGACAGGAUUGGAGCCCAGAGUGGACUGGGCUGCAACAGCUUCCGGUACCGAAGAUAA